AUGGCGGCCGCACCUCCAACCCAGCCGCCUUCCUCGCCGGGACUUGGGAGGCUCCCCCCUCGAUGGCUGGCAGGGACUCAGGGUCCUCGGAGGACACACAGCAGGUCGCAGUCCCCGCUUGCUGUAACCUCAGUGACUGACAAGAGGCUCCCAGGGCAGGUCGGAGCCCUAAGACAGGAGCCCAGGGCCAGGCCUGUCCUCUCAGUCAAGUAUAGGAAAACAGGAGAAGAUGCUGUCAUAGGCAAGAGGCGGCUGCACAUAAAAAAUAAGGAGGAAAAACCAGUCUGGUUGAUGAUUCUGUCUUGUGUAAGAGUUCCUAGAAGGUUCAGAGGUAAACCUCAGAAAGCAGUCAGUUUGAGGUUAGAAUGA